AUGCUCCCAAAAUGUGAACAAAUAUAUGCAAUUGAGAUUUGUCAGAAAACCCAAAGACUGUCAAAAAAAAAAAAACAUCUUCCAAGAUUUUCCUUCAAAGAACUUAAAAGUGAGAGUGAAAGAAUGAGUUACCACAAAAAUCCUUCUAAUUCAGAAAUAACAAGCCUUUCAAACAAAUUAUCUAAACGACAGAGUGGAAAGGAAGCAAGUGACAAAGAUUCUGUGUCUCCUAUUCCUUUGGACCGGAAGACAUUAUUUGUCUUGAAAAAUGACAGAUACAUAUACACAAAGAUAUUAACUAAUGGAAAUGAGGUAUCUCGUUUUCGAAAAGCAUGGCUGAUAAGUGAUGUUCCUACUCUUAUUCUUGAAGGAGCAAACAUCUUACUUGUAAGAGCAUUGAUUUAUCGCAAACACAUCCCAGCGAGCUUUGUAGUGGCUUCUAUUGAUUCAGAUGGAAAUCUCUGUAAUAGUGAUUAUAGUGAUCUCGGAGCAUCAGUUAAAGAAAUUUGCAAUGAAUUUGUUCCUGUGAUUGGACUUCAGCGAUCGAUUUAUUCAAAAGAUAAUUCAAUAUCCUGGCGCUACUUUUUAACAGCAGAGGGAUUUUUAUUAGUUCGUCAACAGGUUGGAUCUCCAGUGAUUAUGAAGGUGGCCCAAAUCCCAUUGAAAUACUCAGAUAAAGGAGAUAAGAAAGAUGAUAUCUCAGAAACUAUGUUCAAAAAACGGCCUCUUGAGUGGGAAAAGGAUAUGGAGCUGAAGAGUAAAUUCACUGACAAAAAGGGCACAUACAUGAACAACUUCUCAGUAUACCUGGGACAUAAACCUGAGGAGGAUAUCGAUUCAGCCUUUCAACUUUAUCUUCAGAAAAGGCCUGAUCUAGAAAAAUUAAUUUUCGAGUUUAUGCAGCAUUUAUUACUAAAUAAACCAGAUGAUGUCUUUGUGUGUGCUGCACAUUUUUUCUCUUCUAAACCAACUUAG